AUGGCUCUGUAUGACGGUAUGUCUGAUCCAAGCUAUCAUCUCAGCAAUUUUAGAAGUCGGAUGUAUCUUAUGGAGGCCUCAGAUGUAAUCUGUUGUAAAGCUUUCCCGACCACUUUGACCAAAAUGGCAAUAAAGUGGUUCGACAGCUUGCCACCAAGGUCAAUAGCAAGCUUCAAUGACCUCGCCAAGAAAUUCCUAGCUAGAUUCUCCAUCCAGAAAGACAAAGCCAAACAUGCCCCAAGCCUGUUAGGGAUUAAGCAAGGAGAUCAGGAAAGCCUCCACAACUACACAGAAAGAUUCAACAAAGCAUGUCUGGACAUAAAAAGUCUGCCAAUAGAAGCAGCCAUCAUGGGUCUCAUCAAUAGUCUGCAAGAAGGACCCUUUAGCCACUCCAUAUCAAAAAAGCAUCCAACAUCUCUGAACGAUGUACAAGAACGGGAAGAAAAGUACAUUAACAUGGAGGAGAACUCUCGAUUAGGAGAAACCUCAAAAUUUGGACUCUCUUACCCACCUCGGGACAAGGACAAAGAGUCUAGAAAAAAAGAAGAACAGCUUACUAAAAAACCUAGAAAAUACCACAGCUAUACUCCACUCAGAGUGUCCUUUGUGGAUGUAUACAGAGAGAUAUGCAACACUGAAAAGAUCCCACACCCCUCAUCCGAUUAA